CCCCCCGGUUCAAGCAAGGGCUCCGCCUUCUGGCUCACCAUCGUCGCCGUCCUCGUCUGCACCUUCCUCGCUGCCCUCGACUUUUCUGUCAUCUCCACCGCACUUCCGACCAUCAUCUCCGACCUCGACGGCUCAGACAACUUCGUGUGGGUCUCCGCCGCGUACAACCUCGCGUCCGCGACGAUCCUCCCCUUGUGCGGCCAGCUUGCCGACGUCUUUGGCCGCCGCCCUGUGAUGUUCGUCGCAGUCACGCUUUUUUUCAUCGGCAGCGCGCUCUGCGGUGCGGCGAGGGACAUGUCGUGGCUCAUCGGCGCGCGCACUCUCCAAGGCAUUGGCGCCGGCGGAAUCGUGGGCCUCUCGUCAAUCAUCAUCUCCGACCUCGUCUUUCUCGCGGAACGCGGUGUUUACCAGGCCCUGUUAUCCCUCACCUGGGCUCUGGCUGCGGCGAUCGGUCCUCUCAUUGGGGCGGCGUUGACGGAGCACACCAGCUGGCGGUGGAUAUUCUAUGUGAACCUGCCGCUCGCCGGGGUGGCGAUGGCGCUCGUCAUUGUGUUCCUGAAGGUGCGCACGCCACCCGGAGCGAUGAUGGACAAGCUGCGCAAGAUCGACUUUGUUGGGAAUGCGAUCAUCGUGAUUGGGACGACGCUCGUGUUGCUCGCUCUGACGUGGGGAGGCAUCCGCUACUCAUGGUCCGACGCGCACGUUGUCGCGCCUUUGGUCCUCGGCAUCCUGAUCAUCGGCCUCUUCUUCCCCUUCGAGUACCUCCUCCAGGAGAAGCGCAUUCCGUUCCUGGAGCACACAGAGCCUACGUUGCCUGUCGACAUCCUUACCAACCGCACCAGCGUCGGAGGGUAUAUCGCAACGUUCUUUCACGGCAUUAUCAGCAUCUCUGUAAUCUACUACCUGCCCAUCUUCUUCCAAGCAUGUCAAAGCGCCAGCCCCGUGCGGUCAAGCACCAUGUUUUUUGCUUUCACGUUCGUCUGCCCGUUCCUAGCGGUCGUCAGCGGUGCCGUUAUCAAGAGCAUGAGCAAAUACCGCAUCAUGAAUUAUAUCGGAUGGGCUCUGAUUCUCAUCGGCCUCGGCCUCUAUACCACCUUUAAGGAGGACGCUUCGCCAGGGCAGUGGAUCGGCUUCACCAUCAUCGUCGCGGCUGGACUCGGUAUCAUCUGGGUCUCCGUCGUCUUCCCCAUCCUCGCCCCCAUCCCCGUCGCCCGCAGUGCCCGCGCGCUCGCCUUCUUCCAGUUCUGCCGCGCCUUCGCCCAGACCUGGGGCGUCACCAUCUCCGCGAACAUCGUCCAGAACGAGCUCAAGGCCCGCCUCCCCGCCGCGUUCCUCGCCGAGUUCCCGGGGGGCGUCGAGAUCGCCGUCGCCGCCGUCCCGCUCGUCAAGACGCUCCCGGAGCCGCUGCGCGCCGCCGUGCGCGCCGCGUUCGCCGCGAGCAUGGCGCGCGUGUGGGUCGCGAUGGUCGGCUUCGCCGCCCUGGGGGCACUCAGCGUGCUCCUGCUGCGCGAGGUGCCGCUCUCUACGGGCAUGGACGACACGUACGGGCUCGCGACGGACGCGGGUCGCUCGCUGAGCAGCGAGAGCGAGGGA